AGUAUAUCAUUUUUUCUCUCUUCAAUAUACUUGAUUUCUUCUCAAAUGGGUACCUUUUGGUCUAGGGUUUUCAUUAUUUUUUUUCUCCUCUUUAUGGCUUCAUCGGAAACUGAUACUAUCCAAACUUUCAUUGUUGGUGUUGAAAACGAUAUGAAACCAUUUCAGUACUCUGAGUUGGAGGAAUGGUAUAGCUCUAUCCUCCAAGGCCUGAAUUCCAAUUCCUUAUCCUCAGGUCAAAUUACUAAUGAAAUUCUUCAUGUUUAUAAGUCGGUCUUUCAAGGGUUCUCGGCUAGGUUAACUCCACAACAAGCACGAGCAUUAGAAGAACGUCCUGAAAUUCUUAAUGUGCUUCCUAAUCACGUUUACCAACUUCAAACAACCCAUUCACCUCAGUUUCUUGGACUGAGAACCAGUAACAGCCGAAACAGUCUCUCCAGCGAGUCAAAAUACGGUGCUAAUGUUAUCAUUGGUAUGCUUGACACUGGUAUAUGGCCAGAACUAGAGAGUUUUAACGAUAAAGGCCUCGACCCUAUCCCUUCUCGAUGGAAAGGAGUAUGCCAAGGAGGAGAGGGAUUUCCCAAAACAUUAUGCAACAAAAAGCUGAUCGGAGUCCGUGACCUCACUAGGACUGGCUCUGGGAAAAAUUCCGUUAGAGACACUGCAGGCCACGGCACACACACGGCCUCCAUUGCUGCCGGAAAAGCAGUCAACAACGCCUCGUUUUUUGGCCAUGCAAAAGGCACUGCAGUGGGUAUUGCACCCAAAGCAAGGCUUGCUGUUUAUAAGGUAUGUUCAGAUGUUGGUUGUCAAAGCGCAGACAUUCUUGCUGGCUUUGACAAGGCCGUCGAAGAUGGGGUCCACGUGAUCUCUAUAUCCAUUGGUCCAACUUCGGCUCUUCCAUUGUCUAUGGACGUGAUAGCGAUUGGCUCCUUUGGUGCAAUGGAAAAUGGGGUAAUUGUAUCCGCAGCUGCAGGAAAUUCAGGUCCAUCAUAUUCUACUGUGACAAAUAUAGCACCAUGGGUGAUCACUGUUGGUGCUAGUACCAUAGAUAGAAAGUUCCCUGCUGAUCUAUUACUUGAAGAUGGUACUACUAUCAAUGGAAUAUCUCUCUACACUGGCACUGCCUUUGGCAAGAAGAAAUUUCUACCUUUGAUUUUUGCAGGAGAAUCAGGAUCAUACUGUUUUGCCGAUACGCUAGAAGAGAAACUGGUGCGUGGCAAGAUUGUAUUAUGUUAUCGUGGUGGAUCAGGUGUUCAAAAAGGGAUGCAUGUAAAGAAAGCUGGUGGAGUCGGCAUUGUUGUGGCCGACUUGCCACAUUCUGUUGGGAGUAGUUUAGCUGAUCCUCAUGUAAUUCCUGGAUUGGCUAUCAACGAUUCAUCCCGUCAAGUAGUUCUAAAAUAUAUUUCAUCUUCUCUGAAACCACGUGCUAAAAUGGUGUUUCAUGGAACUCAAGUAGGGGUCAAACCAGCACCUAUUGUUGCUUUUUUCUCAUCUCGUGGCCCCAACGAAAGGUCUAAUUAUGUGAUGAAACCUGAUGUGAUUGCACCGGGUGUUCAAAUUUUAGCAGGUUGGACUAAUGCCACGUCUAUAACCGAAUUGGAUGGUGAUAAGCGACACAGCGAGUUCAACAUAAUAUCUGGCACGUCAAUGGCCUGCCCACACGUGUCGGGUAUUGCUGCUCUUUUGAAAGGAGCCCAUGGUGAUUGGUCACCGGCUAUGAUCAAAUCGGCAAUCAUGACAACUGCGUAUGCAACUGAUAAUGGUGGAAAUCCAAUACUAGAAGAAACCCACCACAAAAAGAGUACGGUAUGGGACAUGGGAGCGGGACAUGUCAAUCCAGAAAAAGCCCUUGACCCUGGUCUUGUAUAUGAUCUGAAUACUGAUGAUUACCUGAACUUUUUAUGUGCGUCAAGUCUGAGGAAAGAAGAAAUCAAAGUUAUCACCCGAAGAUCAGUAAACUGCAAAGGACGUAAGCGCGCUAACCCGUGGGACCUGAAUUACCCUGCAAUUUCUGUUGCUUUCGACGCAUCAAAGAGCACCAAGGAGAUUGUGGUUAGUAGAACGGUGACGCACGUCAGCAACGAAGGGGCAACCUACACAGUUAAUAUAAAAAAACCAGAGGGUGUAAUUACAAUCGUUCAACCUCAAAAGAUGGUAUUCAAACGUAAAGGUGAAAAGAUGAGCUACAAGGUUCGAAUUGUGAAGAAGAAGCAUGAAGCCGCAAGCGUGCCAAGCGGGUUUGGGCAGCUUACGUGGACAGAUGGGAAACAUCUAGUUACUUCACCUUUAGUGGUGACUUGGCUUUGAUUACUUAAACUAUUUUGUGCCAAUACUUCUAUUACCAAAAUUAUAGUCUAAUUUAAUUAUAGAUAAAUAAAAGUUUUUUUAAUAAAUUAUAUUUUGUA